CGUCUAUUGACAAGAUAUAUAAUAUUUUUUAUUAAAAUAUUGUAUUUACUUCAAAAUUUAUAGUACCAACAUGGACUGUUUAAGAAAUUGUCCAAAACUACCAUGGAUGAUAGAUUUUAACAGCAAUGAAGCAAAAGAUGUUUUAAAUAACCAGUAUGAAGCAGCGUUCUGUACAAGCAACAUCGAUUAUCUUACGAAACUCAACAUAAGAUCAAUUCCAGCAAGAUUCAAAUCAACUCAAAUUGUUUGCAGCAUCAAUCCGAAUAUAUCCCUGAAUACUAUUGAAGAAUUGCUAGCUGGAGGAAUGCGGGUAGCUGUGUUAGUAGCUCCAAAUCUUGAUAAAUUAAAGGAAGUACUAGUAAAAGUGCGAACAAUGGUUGAUAUCUUUAGUAGAAAAAUUAGACGCGUAGUUCCAUUGGGUAUUGGACUAGAAAUCAAAGGGCCUGAGAUAAGAAUCGGUUCAUUGAAAGGGAAUAAAAAACAAAUAUAUAUGGAAGAAGGGAAAGAGACUAAACUCACCACACAACCAGAUUUGGAAGAAUUUGUCAACGAAGAUAUGAUAUACGUAGACUAUGAUAACUUUCCCAAUGUUGUUCAGCCUGGGGACCAAGUUGUGUUGGAUAAUGGAUCUGUUACAUUGGUAGCUCUAGAUUGUGUAGAGAGCAUUAUUAGAUGUAUUGUAGAUAAAGCAGGGAUGCUUAUCAGUAACGCCUCAGUAACAGUACCGAAUGCCACGAUACCUUUGCCGGCGAUAUCGGCCAGUGACAAAGAACUAUUAAAAAUGGCUAUUGGAGAAUGUGUUGAGUACCUUUUUGUAUCCGGCAUUCAGAACAAACAAGGUGUUCUCGAUGUGAAAGAUAUUCUCGGGUCUCGUGGGAACGCCAUUCUUAUCGUAGUCAAAGUAGACACUGAAAUUGCCGUAGAAAAUAUCGACGAAAUAAUCAAAAUUGCAGAUGGAAUACUAAUCGAUGCCGAUCGACUUGUUAUUGAAUUGCCUAAGGAAAAAGUGUUUUUAAUCCAGAAAUCUAUAGCAGCAAAAUGCAAUUUGGCAGGAAAACCAAUAAUUAGCACAUCAUCCGUAGCGAACGCUACAGAAAUUUCAAAAUCAGAAGUAAUUGAUAUCACAAACUCAGUCCUUAGUGGUACCGAUGCCCUACUUCUACCACGAAAUACAAACAAUAAAGAUAUUAUUAAAUUUGUUAGUAUCAUUUGUAAAGAAGCAGAACCAGCAAUUCAUCAAAAGCAACUAUUUUCCGACCUAGUAAGUCAUUUUCCCGCUCCAAUGGAACCUAUAUACAGCCUUGGGAUUUCUGUUGUGGAGGCAGCUUCAAGUAGCAAUGCAGCCGCUAUCGUGUGUCUGACUUCUUCGGGUAGAACUGCAAGAAUUAUAUCCAGGUGCAGACCACGAUGUCCUAUUAUAGUUAUAACUCGAUAUCCUAGAGUAGCACGACAACUUUGUCUUUACAGAGGUGUUGAACCUUUAAUCUACCUCAGACCGUUCUGUGGCGAAUGGAACAGAGAUGUUGACAACAGGGUCCAGUUGGGAGUGACUUAUGGAAAGCUCAUGGGUUAUAUUAAAAUGGGAGAUGUCAUCGUAACGGUUACAUCUUCAAGGCCAGAAUGCGGAAUGGCAAAUUGCAUGAAAGUAAUAUAUGCUACUGAGUUCGAUAGUUUACCCCAUCAAACGCGAAAGCAAAGUCAACAAAGUAAAUAAAUAUUUGAAGUACC